GCACAUAGGUCUCCACGCUUGAAGGACAACAGCAGAGGCGACCUGGAUACAGAAGCUCCAGGACACUGUGGGGCAGAAGCCAGAGCCUUAGGCAAGAGCUGCAUCUCUUCUCCCAUCCUUUGCACGAGAAGAUUGGGCCCCUGCAUCUGACCCUGGAAUGGCUCUAUUAUAGUAUAACUAACAUCACACACCUCAGUGACUUACAGUGCACAAUUGUGUGACUAUUAGAAUAUUCAGAGGCACAUAGGUCUCCACCCUUGAAGGACAGCAGCAGAGGUGGCCAGGAUACAGAGGCUCCAGGACACUGUGGGGCAGAAGCCAGAACCUCAAGCCAGAGCUGCAUCUCUUUUCCCAUCCUGUGCACAAGAAGUUUGGGCCUCUGCUUCUGACCCUGCUUUGCAGUUGCUAUGGCCACACCACAAAUGAUGUCUCCCAUUUGUCUGGUGGAAAACCACAAGGACCAGCUGUCUGUGAACCAAAAAGCCAUAGAGAUUCUGGAAAACAUUUCCCAGCCAGUGGUAGUUGUGGCUAUUGUUGGAUUGUACCGUACAGGGAAGUCCUACCUGAUGAACCGUCUGGCAGGACAGAAUCACGGCUUCCCUCUGGGCUCCACUGUGCAGUCUGAAACCAAGGGCAUCUGGAUGUGGUGUGUGCCACACCCCACCAAGCCAGAACACAUGCUGGUCCUCCUGGACACUGAGGGCCUGGGUGACGUGGAAAAGGGAGACCCUAAGAAUGACUCUUGGAUUUUUGCCCUGGCUUUGCUUCUGAGCAGCACCUUUGUCUACAACAGCAUGGGCACCAUCAACCACCAGGCCCUGGAGCAGCUGCAUUACGUCACAGAACUCACUGAGCUGAUCAGGGCAAAGUCUUCCCCAAAUCCUGAUGGAAUAAAGAAUUCCACAGAGUUUGUGAGUUUCUUCCCAGACUUUGUCUGGGCUGUUCGGGAUUUCAUGCUGGAGCUGCAGAAAGAUGGAGAGAGCAUCACGGAGGAUGAGUACCUGGAGAACGCACUGAAGCUGAUCUCAGGUGACAAUCCCAGAAUCCAAGCAUCCAAUCUGACCAGGAAGUGCAUCAGACUUUUCUUCCCUAAACGGAAGUGUUUUGUUUUUGAUCAACCAACAUGUGACAAAGCACUCUUACGCAAGCUUGAUACUAUCUCAGAAGAACAACUGGAUCCUAUGUUCCAGGAACAAACAAGGGCUUUUGUUUCUUACAUCUUCACUGAUGCAAAGAUCAAGACGCUCAGAGAGGGAAUUAAGGUCACUGGGAAUCUACUAGGGACUCUGGUGACGACCUACGUGGGUGCCAUCAACAGUGGAGCUGUGCCUUGUCUGGAUGAUGCGGUGACAACUCUGGCCCAGCGUGAGAACUCAGCAGCUGUGCAGAAGGCAGCUGACCACUACAGUGAGCAGAUGGACCAGCGACUGAUGCUCCCCACAGACACGCUCCAGGAGCUGCUGGAUGUGCACACAGCCUGUGAGAAGGAAGCCAUUGCUGUCUUCAUGGAGCAUUCAUUCAAGGACGAAACCCAGCAAUUCCAGAAGAAGCUGCUGGAAUUAAUAGAUGAGAAGAAAAGGAUGUUUAUGUUGAAGAAUGAAGAAGCAUCAAAUUAUUACUGUCAGGAAGAACUGAAUCGGCUUUCAAAAGCUUUUAUGGAAACUAUUUCAACAUUUUCUGUUCCUGGAGGACACAAGCUCUACAUGAAAAUGAGGGAGAAGAUUGAGCAUGACUAUUGGCAGGUGCCCCGGAAAGGGGUGAAGGCAAGUGAAGUCUUCCAGAGCUUUCUGCAGUCACAAGCCAUCAUUGAGAGUUCUAUCCUGCAGGCAGACACAGCCCUAACUGAUGGAGAGAAGGCCAUUGCAGAGGGGCGGGCCCAGAGGGAGGAAGCUGAAAAGGAACUGGAGCUGCUAAGACAGAAACAGGAGGAACUUCAGCAAGUGAUAGAGGCUCAAGAAAGAAGUUACAAGGAAAACCUUGAGCAGCUAAAAAUGAAGCUGAUGCAGGAGCAAGAACAGCUCAUAAAGGACCAUAACAUAAUGCUGGAGAGGCAGCAGCAGCAUCAAAAGGCUUUGCUUGAAGAAGGAUUUAGGAAGCAAGCUGAGGAAAUGAAUGGAGAAAUACAGCGGCUGAGAUCUACUAUCAAUGACCUGAAAGAAAACAGUGGUACCUUUGUAGGUCAUGUUCUAAAGGAAGUUGCCACACUGCUUGCUGCCCCUGUUUCACUGCCCGUGAUGGCUGUAAAAAGCAUUUUUUCAGCAUUUCAAUAGGAUUCACUCUUAUUUUGAUGAAGUGGUAGACCGUAAAUUUAUACUCUGCCUUUUUAUGAAGCUUCAUGUUUUCAUUUUCAUUCAGCAAAUUUCUGCAUUAAAAGUGCUAAUUAGAGGACAUGUAUGCCUGCCCCACAUUAGAUAGAACAUAUACAUGUCUGCACAGACAAUGCUUUCUUCAGGGCACAAAUGUUUAAACCAUUCCUAUGGAAGCUAUGUGAUUACUCAUUGUACACUGUCACAGUGACUGUUGUCAACUUAUAGUUAUGGCUGGUUAUAGAAUCACCCAGGACACAAGCUCUUCUACACCCUGUGGGGACAUCUUGACUAGGUUAGCUUGUGGGGAAUCAUCUCUGGUCACUAUGGUAGCAAACCCAUCCCAAAUGUGGGCACCACCAUUCCUGUGACCUGGGAAAUCAGUUAAUAGGUGAAAAUAAGCUGGGCACUAACAUGUACCACUUGUUACUUCCUGACUGGAUGUCAUGUGAUCAGCCACCCUCUACUUUUUUCUGAUCAGCCACCCUCUACUUUUCUCUGCAUGCAUUCUCUGCCAUGCUAUGAGUGCCAUCUGGAACCAUGAACCAUGAACAAACCCUGUCUUUCUUAAGUUGCUUUGGUUGAACCAUCUUGUUACAGCAAGAAGAAAAGGUAUUGAUAUCAUUGGUGAUAAAUCUGGAACCUACUUAAGCAUCAUUUAGAAAAGAUUGGUAACAAAUUGUAAUAUGCCCUGAUCCUGGAUUGCUGUAUAGUCAAGAAACAAGUGUUAGACAUGCUUCCUGUACACUAACGUAAAUAGAUCAUAAAAAUGUCUUAUUAAAUAAAAUAAAAAUUCCACAUAA